AUGAAUACUUAGAGAGAUAAUUUACAGAGUAGGGGACAGGUCAGCUCAAGUCACAGAACAUUUUAAGCCAAAAGAACCAAAACAGAACCGUCUCUGCUACCUAAUUUUGAUAUCCUAUAAGAGAAUGUGAAGAAUUAGUUUGCUCUCGGCCAUAUACGUGGCAAAUGGCUUCAUAAACCUUAGUAUGUCAUUCCAAAAACUGAAAUAUAAUAAAAACGAGACGAAACUUAUGGAAAAGUGAAUAACAAAUCGAAAACAAAAAAAUUAACUUUCUUAAAAUUUGGAUUUAGAAUGCAUGAAAAAAAGAACAACUAUUAUUUAUAACCACUGAUCAAAUAAGUACAUGAUGCUUUUGGAGAGUUGGCCAACGAUGGCUCAAUGGGGGUUGUUGACUUAUGGAGUGAUAGAAAUGUUAAUAGAUUGAUGGAUGCAAUAGAAAUGACGAGAGAUAACUUGCUGGUCAGAAGGAUGGGUAAGGAAAAACAAAAGAGUGAUGAGCCUGGCUUGAAUAGAGCAAAUGAAAAAAAAGUUAACAACAUUUUUAAAUCAAGUGAUGAUGAUACCUUUAAAAUUAAGUUUCAAUUAACUGAUGUCGAAAAGCGAAGAUUAACUAGGAUAGCCAUGCCUACAUUAUGUUAUCAAAUAAGACAUGGGGAUCCCAAUGAGGGUAUUGCAGCCAUUGUCAAUUCAAUUGAUGAAUUGCAUCAAGAAAACCUAGAAAUAUAUACCAAUCUGUAUUAAUAAAUCAAAAAGAUAUAAAAAAAUAUCAAAUGA